AUGGUCGAUGUUCUCUAUUCAUUUGUUGAUAUUAAUCAACGGUUUGAUCAAUUAGUAUUUGAUCCAUUUUAUAUUCGGAAUCUUAAUAUGACCUUUAUGACGAUGAAAUCAUUUUAUGAUCGUAUGUAUUCAAUAAACAAUCAUGUCUUUGAUAAAAUUUGUAAAAAUGUCUUGCCUAAAAUUUAUCAUCAAAUAAAUGAACUCAUCGUUGAACAAAAUUCAAUGGAACGUGUUCUUCAUAAUAUUAAUUAUCCUCAACUUUAUUCGUUAACACUUUUGGGAUUUUCAGAAAAUGUGCUUUUCAAUCAUUUAACAAGUAAUAAAAUUCUUCGGCAACUUCUUAUUGAACAAAUAGCACAUCUUAAAGUUGAUAUUAAUGAUGAGCCAGGAGAACCGUCUUCUGAAACUCGUGCGAUGAUGUUUGCUUUGAUUUUAUCUUUAUGUAAACAAUUAAUCAAAUUAAAUUUUUGUAAAUGGUUGCAUCGAGCAAUAUACUGUACUUAUAAGUUAUCAUCGAUAAAUUUCAAAUCUUCAACUUUAACUACAUUGAAAGUGAAUGUGAAAUCUUUCGAUGAUUGUCUUUAUUUACUUGAUGGACGUUUGAAUUGUUUAUCAAAAUUGAUUAUAGGUAUAAAAAUAAUUGCAGAUACAUCGGGAACUAUCGAUAACACAAAAAAACUUCCCAAAUUGAAACACUUCUCAUUAAUGUCGUAUCGACAUACACUUUUAUAUGAUAGUUUAAUUGUUCCAUUACUUCGACGAAUGGUAAAUCUUGAAAAUUUGAUAUUAUAUUUAUCAAUAAUAAGAAAUAACAAGAAUUAUAUUGAUGGUAAUGAAUUAUAUAAUGAUAUUCUCAUCUACAUGCCACAAUUAAACAAAUUUACUUUCAAUAUACGCACAAAUGUAGACAAGAAAAAUGAUGGAAUUGUUUUUUCUUCAAAUGAAGAUAUUCAACAUAGUUUCAGAAGAAAAGAAUAUGGACUCGUUGGCUCGUAUGUUGAAACUUUCACAACAUCAGUUGAAUAUAAGUGUUAUAGCAACUCAAUGCCAUAUCAUUUUAAAAGUAGAUCCCAUAUCUAUUCACUUCCAUAUCAAUUCAAAACUUUUGAUUUGUUAAGUAAUUCUUUUCAAGGUGGCAUGUUUGAUAAUGUUCAAUCUUUAAUAAUGACAGACAUCUAUCCUUUUGAAAAUAAUUUCUUCGACGUUAUCUCUCAAAGUUUUCCUCUAUUGAAAGAGUUAUAUAUCUUUAAUGAAAAACCACAGAAGAACAAACAACAAUCGAUGACGUUGAUUGCAUUUUCUCAUCUUAUUGAUCUCGAUCUUUCUAGUGCUCAUGCAGACUAUGCAGAACGAUUUCUUGUUGAUAAACAUUGUUAUUUACCUUGUUUAUUGAACAUUAAUAUUCGUUAUGAACCACUAGCUUUAGUUACAAACAAUUUUACUGGUGAUGCUACACGUCUCACUUGUAGCAAAUUGACAUCAGUUUGUAUAGAAGAGCCGUUUGUGUCUCCCGAAACCUUUUCUAAAUAUUUUCCUUUAUUGUAA